AUGGAUAGUGAGGAUAAUGUGGAUAGGAGAUUCCAGCAGAGGAAAGGGGAUAGUAUUCUGAAUUGCCCUUCUUCUGGGAUUGUUACGAAUUUGAUAUACGAAAAGGUUCAGGGAACGGGAAUGAGUUCAGAAUCCAUGUUCAAGUUGAGAAAUGGGGUAGACCCUUUUUAUGGUUCGGGUUGGGAUACCAUUGUUUCAUUGAAUCCGAGUGGGAAUUUCAGAGGUCCUUCGGUUGUCCCUCCAAAUGAGUUUCCCCAUUCAAAUUAUUCUGUUGUGCUGGAAAAUCAAACCGUUAAUUUCCCAUCUGAGUCGGGUUUAGUCGAUAUGAUGCCAAAGAUUCCGAGUUUUGGAAGUGGAAGCUACUCAGAAAUAGUCAGUUCUUUCCCGAUGCCCGAAUGUGGCCCAAUUACUGAAACGAUACGGCAUCCAAAUUAUGCUCAAAACGAAGUUAGCGGAGUUGAGAUGGCCUUAAAGAACGUUUCAGAUUCUCAGGAGCAUUGCCAAAAUUCAGAAGAUGGAGUUGUGGGAGUUUCACCUAAUGGAAAGAGGAAAAGAAAAGCAUCAAUGGGAGCUUCACCUAAGAAUAUUGAAGUUGAACACCAGAAGGAUCCACCCAAGGACAUCUCUGAAUUCCCAAAUGAAGAUGAUGAUAAGAAACAGAAAUUUGAACAAAAUGUUGGUACAAAUUUGCGCAAUAAGCAAGCGGUUAAACAAGCAAAGGAUAAUUCUACUACUGCAGAACCUUCUAAAGAAAAUUACAUACAUGUAAGAGCCAAAAGGGGACAGGCAACAAAUAGUCAUAGCCUUGCAGAAAGGGUGAGAAGAGAGAGGAUUAGUGAAAGAAUGAGAUUGCUGCAAGAAUUGGUUCCUGGCUGCAACAAGAUCACUGGGAAAGCGGUGAUGCUUGAUGAGAUUAUAAACUAUGUGCAAUCUCUGCAACAGCAGGUUGAGUUUUUGUCAAUGAAACUUGCAACUGUAAAUCCAGAAUUGGACGCAGAUAUAGAUCGGAUUUUAUCCAAAGAUAUACCUCAAUUUCGAGGGAACAAUCCAGCUGCUCUCGGAAUUAGUUCUGGAUUGAGUUCGUCUCAUCCUUUCCAGGGAUUUUCCCCAGGAACUUUUGGUGUCCCAGGUGCUAAUCCUCCAUAUCAUCCCUUACCUCAGGCUUUGUGGAACAAUGAUCUUCAAAGUAUUCUCCAAAUGGGAUUUGAUGCUAAUCCCCCGGCCAGCAAUUUGGGACCAAAUGGACUGUCGAAAAUGGAGCUAUAG